GUUUCUCUUGGUCACUCAUUUUACCUGAAAAUUACGCCUAUCCUUCGUUUGUCUCUCCAAGUCUUUUUCUCCUCCUUAGUAACAAAGGCUUUCAUAAUUUUUUAUACUUCCCAUUUUUUUAAGCCUGAAUUUCUAGGAGAAAUCAAAGAACCCACUGCCAGUGUUCCAAAAUUUGAAACUUGUUGAGGUUUUCAGCAAACCCUUUUGUUGUUAUUGAGUGAGCGAACCAGCCAUGCGUGAAAUAUUAGAUAUAAGCUCCGAUGAGGAAGAGGGUUUGGAAGAGAGUCUCACUGUAACCGAUUUCAACUUUAUCAGAGAGAUGUUGUUCUCUUCUGACGAAGAAUCCGAUGAUUCAGUCAAGGUUGUUGAAAUCCGCGAAAAGCCUGAGUUGAAGUCAAAGUCUUCAACUCUGGCUGUAGAGGAUUUGGGUGGCGAUGACGAUGAUGAUGAUUGCGUGCUUCUGGAGAGUGACCCCGAAAACCCUGUCGCAUCUGUCGAAGAGGAAGCAAAUGGGUCAGAUGACUUGUUUGUAAUUGGGGAAAAGGGUCAGGUAUUUCAGGGAACUGCGGGCAAAUGCAGCCACAGUUGUUGUGAUGUGUGGACACUCCAAAAGCUAUACCUUGGUUUUGUUGCUGAAAUUGUGAUUGCAUGCCGAGACUUUCCUCAUGCGAGAUAUCUUUGUGCUACAUUACCAUUCUCUUCCACCCCUCACGAGAAGCACUGUAAGCAGUGCCACUGUUAUGUAUGUGACUCCCCAGCACCAUGUCUCAAGUGGGGCACUGGUGCUUUGAGUUCAGAUCAUUGUCACGCAAUUAGGGGAACUGAGCUGUGGGAAGUUCAGAGGAAAAAUUUCAAGCUGGGCUUGAGUUCCUCAAUACCAGCUUCAACUAAUUUUGGUACUUCACUCAGACCAGGACAUCUCCAGCGUAAUGAAUUUGUGCCUCCGGGUGUAGUUAACUUGUCUCCAAAUUCUGUAUUACCAAAUCAAGCACCCAGAUCCACUGUAAUGUGUGCUGUCCCCUCACUCAACUCCAUACCUCAAAUCCAGGCUUCUCGACCAACUAUAAAUCAUUUCCACACUACCGCUUUACCAUAUUCCAGUGUGCAGAAUCAGGUUUCUAGGCCUAUUAGCACCCCUAUAAUGACCCCAACCCCCAACGUAGCAGUGCCAAAUGGUGCAAGCCAUGGUAGGCUUUUGUUGAGAAACAGAGUCCAACCACCCUCUGUUCCAAGGCCAGUGCUGGGUGUGUGUAGUCACACCAUCCAAAAGGGGCGAGGAAAUGGUGGAAGCAGUUUUAGAUCUCAGUUCCUUCGUCACCCUCUGGUGUCCAGGGGAGUAGACAGUACUGGGAACUUCCUGAUGGCAAAUAACUCCCUUCAUGGAUCAUCUGGAAUCAGCAACAGUGUUAAUCUGACACAACAUCACAAUUAUGGUACAUCAGUAGGAUUCUCAAAUUACAGAAACUGCAACGAGCCAUAUGAUGCUUGCCACCCCACAAAUAUAUACCCGAAGCUGAGCUCUCAACUGGCCAGCCUGAGUUGUGUUAACCAGCAGUCUGUGGCUUCUGAAACACAAGCAUAUAGUCAACCCUUGCCCCUAUCAAACAGUAGCCAGGGCUUCCAUCAAACUUGUAUCCAAGUAAAUAAUGGUGCUGCUUUUGUGGUACACCUGAAUAGCAGUCAUUACGGAAAUGAGCCUCAAAUCCGAAGUCAAAAUGGAAAUUUCGGUAGAAAUACUACACAAUGUGGAAUUGCAAGUCAAGAUUCUUGCCAACCACAACUACAACAACCAAAUGAACAGUCUGCAAGGGAGACUGCUGGAAAAUUUUCAGCAUUUGACCCAAGUUGGAUAGACAAUACUGGUCAAAGUAUUCUAGAAACUUCAGGAUCUGUAGGACAAGCUCCCAAUGUCAACGAAUUCAUUGAACCCUUGUUUGAAUGCUCUCAAUCACCCAAUUCAUUUGUUGAUUUUGAUAAUUGGCUUUUGGAUAAAGACCAAGUUCCAGAGUCAACAGAUGGGGUUUUGCAAUCUGAGCCGAAUAUGCCAUCUCCAGAUCUUUUUCCAGCUGAUAUGGUUAUGGGUUUAUUUUAUCAUGAUAGUAAAUGAGUUAAGGUGACUUGCCAAUACCUCCAAACCACACUACAGUCUUCUGUGGAAGUAUUUAGAAUUGGUUGCCAGUUGAAUGAUGAUGCUGUGGUGACUACUCAAUUUUGUGUCCCUAUUUAUGAAAUGCACAGCUGAGUAUUGGCACCUUUCAUUUUGAGGCUCGUCUACUUGUGUUAUCAUGAUGAUAAAUGAGUUAAGCUGACCAUUUUAGACGUUCCGUAACCAGUAAUGUCCACAGUUGUUAUAUAAACAGCAUAGGCUAGGGUAGUUUUGCUUUAUUUUGUUCAAUGUAGUGGGGAAGUCUUUUGAUAUUUUGCCUGGCAUAUAUGGCUGUAGAGUAAUGGAUGCGAAAACAAGAUCAAAGCGAGUAAAACUGACAAUUGAAAAGUUGUUCUAUAUUAGAUAUACCUUUUUCUUUUCAA